AUGUCAGAUUCGGAAGAAUUGAACGAGCUUCCCGAGGAUGAGGAGGAGGAUCUCUUUGGUGACGCGCCAGCAGAUGAGGUUCAAGAAGACCGGAGUCGCGCCGGCAGCGAACGCGAAGACGCAUCCGACCAAGAUGAGGGAGACGGCUAUGGUAGAGAUGACGAGGCCCCACUACCCGCUGAUUAUGAGACGAAGGUCAUCGAGGCUGUUGAGAUGCAGCGUCAUCGCAUUCCCAAGGCGAAAGACCAGAGACUACGAUCUCUUCGCGUCCCGAAAUUCAUGAAAAUCAUUCCAACGAUUUAUGAUCCCGACACUUUCGAGCCCACUGAGCACGAUAUCGAGAACGCAAAAGCCGACGUACCAAAGGCCGACAUCCGUGUCCGAAGGCAGGGAAACAAGCUGCAAAGCAACACCAUGAUUCACAGAUGGAGCGAUGGUUCUGUGACAAUGACAGUCGGAGACGAGCAUUUUGAAGUUUCGAACAAGGCAUUGGCUCCUGGCCCUGACCAACCCUACUCUGAGCUUCAGGAUGGACACUACUAUGCCGCCGCGGCGGAGUUGACCAGUAACUUCCUCAUGUUCGUUGGACAUGUUACCGAUCAGUAUAUUGUACGACCCGGAAAGGAAGUGGCGGACGACGCUCUCGCCGCACUCGCUGAGCGCAUGGCGUCGAUAUCGCAAAAGCCUCAAGAGAAAGAUAUGAUCAUCAACACCAUCCAAGACCCCGAAUUGCGCAUUAGACAAGCGGAGCAGGCAGAGAAAGAGCGCAUGAAGAUGCAGAGACGUCGGGAGACACAGACUGCUCGCAUGGACGCUAGCCGGGGCUUCGGCCGCAGUGGAGGCCUCUCAAUUGGCGACCUCGAGGGUGGAAGACGUGCCGGUGGUUCGCGAAAGAGAGGCAUGCCUGGCGCACCGAAGCAAAAGAGAAGACGUCCUGAGUAUGACUCUGACGAUGAUCUGCCUUCUGGUGCUCGCAGAGGAGACGAAUACGAUAUGGAGGACGACUUCAUUGUGGCGAGUGAUGACGAGCUCAGUGAAGUAGAUCACGACGAUGACGAGGAGGAGCUCCUCGAUGAGGCACCACGAUCCAAGAAGCGACGCGUUUCGGACGACGAGGACGCCGAUGGAGAUGAUGAUGACAACAUGGAGCCAAGUGGUAGAGGAAGACGCCGUCACGUUGUCGAAGACGACGACUCGGAGUGA